GUUAUCACCAAGUGGGAAAUAGAGGCCGAGUAACACAUCAAUGAUGCCAGGACGAGUCUGCUGCUGCUGCGCUGCCCUGCGCCCUCGAUACAAGCGCCUGGUGGAUAACAUAUUCCCCGAAGACCCCAAAGAUGGCCUUGUCAAAUCCGACAUGGAGAAACUGACCUUCUAUGCGGUCUCUGCCCCAGAGAAGCUUGAUCGAAUUGGUGCCUAUUUAGCAGAAAGGCUGAGCCGGGAUGUCAUCCGGCAUCGCUAUGGGUACGUCUUCAUUGCAAUGGAAGCCUUGGAUCAGCUGCUCAUGGCUUGCCACUCGCAGAGCAUCAAACCCUUUGUGGAGAGCUUCCUGCACAUGGUGGCCAAACUGCUGGAGUCUGGAGACCCCAAGUUGCAAGUCUUGGGAACCAACUCUUUCGUCAAAUUUGCAAACAUUGAGGAGGACACACCUUCCUAUCACCGUCGCUACGACUUCUUUGUGUCUCGCUUCAGUGCCAUGUGCCACUCCUGCCACAGUGAUCCAGAAAUACGGAAUGAGAUCCGGAUCGCCGGCAUCAGGGGCAUCCAGGGAGUCGUGCGCAAGACGGUGAACGACGAACUCCGAGCCACCAUUUGGGAGCCUCAGCACAUGGACAAGAUCGUUCCCUCCUUGCUUUUCAACAUGCAGAAGACGGAAGACCCCGACGGUCGAAUCGGGCCACCCUCCUCUCCAACGGGCGAGAAAGAGGAGAACCCUGCUGUGCUGGCUGAGAAUUGCUUCCGAGAGCUGCUGGGCCGCGCAACCUACGGGAACAUGAGCAAUGCUGUCCGGCCGGUCUUUGCACAUUUAGGUCAUCACAGACUGUGGGACCCAAAUGAAUUUGCUGUCCAUUGCUUCAAGAUCAUUAUGUACUCUAUACAAGCACAAUACUCGCAUCAUGUGAUACAGGAGAUCCUGGGGCACCUCGAUAGCUGCAAACGAGACUCUCCCCGUGUUCGAGCCGGGAUCAUCCAGGUGCUUCUGGAGGCGGUUGCCAUCGCGGCCAAAGGAUCCAUUGGCCCAACGGUUCUGGAGGUAUUCAACACCCUGCUGAAGCACCUGAGCCUGAGCGUGGAUUUUGAACUGGGCAACAGGCGGGGCUCCAAAGGCGCUGCUGCGCUCGCUCCCCCCUCCAAAGAAAACGACGAGCGGAUAGUCCAGAACGCCAUCAUUCAAACCAUUGGGUUCUUCGGAAGCAACCUCCCAGAUUACCAGCGGUCAGAGAUCAUGAUGUUUGUCAUGGGGAAAGUCCCUGUCUUUGGGGCAGCUUCCCAGUCCUUGGACACCAGCGAGCUUGGGGAUCUGGGAACCAGGAGGAUCCAGAUAAUGCUGCUGCGGUCACUGCUGAUGGUGACCUCCGGGUACAACGCGAAAAGCAUUGCCUCGGUCCUCUCAGCCCCGUUCCUGGAUCCUCUGCUCUCCCCGUCCCUCAUGGAAGACUGUGAGCUCCGGCAGCUGGUCCUGGAGAUUCUCCACAACCUCAUCGAUCGGCAUGACAACCGGGCAAAGCUUCGAGGGAUAAGAAUCAUACCUGACGUGUCCGACCUGAAGAUAAAGCGAGACAAAAUUUCACGGCAAGAUGUGAGCUUCAUGAAGAAGCAUGGCCAGCAGCUGUACAGGCACGUUUACCUGGGCUGCAAGGAAGACGACAAUGUGCACAAGAACUUUGAGCUGCUCUAUACGUCGCUCGCUCUGAUCACCAUUGAGCUGGCAAACGAAGAAGUGGUCACGGACCUCAUUCGCUUGGCCAUCGCUCUGCAGGACGUGGCCAUUCUUAACGAGGACAACUUGCCGAUGUUCAACCGCUGCAGCAUCAUGGGACUGGUUGCCGCGUACCUCAACUUCCUGAGCCAGAUGAUAGCAGUCCCUGCCUUCUGCCAGCACGUUAGCAAGGUAAUUGAAACUAGAACGGUGGAAGCUCCAUACUUUUUGCCGGAAACCAUAUUUCGAGAUAAGUGCAGUGUCCCCCAAACCUUUAAUAAGGAUGACAAGAGCUUGUUUUUCCUGACUCACAAGAUUGUUGAAUCCUUGGGAGGCAGCGGCUACAGUGUGGAAAGGCUGUCUGUGCCUUACGUGCCUCAGGUGACAGAUGAGGACAGGCUGUCCCGAAGGAAGAGUAUUGUGGAUACUGUGUCUAUUCAGGUGGACAUUCUCCCUGGCAGUGGUGCAGAAGAUAAGGUCAACAGCACGGAGGAAAUUACCUUUGAAGCACUGAAGAAGGCUAUAGAUAAUACCGGCCUUGAAGAGCAGGAGAAGGAGAAGAGGCGCCUUGUAAUUGAGAAGUUUCAGAAAGCUCCCUUUGAAGAGAUUGCAGCCCAGUGUGAAACCAAGACAAACCUCCUCCAUGACCGGCUGGCUCAGAUCCUGGAGCUGACCAUCCGCCCCCCUCCCAGUCCUUCUGGAACACUGACCAUCACUGCGGGAUACCCCCAUUACCAAUCUGUUCCCGUCUAUGAGAUGAAGUUUCCGGAUCUUUGUGUGUAUUGAGAGUCUUCAGGCCUCUGCUGGGAAUUGUUUAGUCUUAGAGCACACACUGUGUAAAGCCCAGAACGAGUUUGUAGCUCUCUUCACUCUUUCCCUGCCACAUUUUAAUAGAGCUUUCAGAAAUAGCCCUGAACAUUAAGUGCAGUUAGGCUGGGAUUGUGCCUGAAAUAUCUUAUUUUGUACACUCUAUUCCUGCAGUUGUGAAGAAAAAUGAAAAGCAGAAGAUGA